AUGCGGUUAGCUCUUCGAUUAAACAGUUUUGCUAAGCUUUUGUGUCGGUUUAUAUUUAAAAUAGAAUUUAGAAACAUAUUUGCAAAAAAAGUGAAAAUCCUAGAGCUUAGUAUCGUAAUUUUAAUUGCUAGUUAUUGCACUCUUGCUACUGCUACCUCACGCCUUGGUCAUUGUACGCUUGCAUCAAAUGAAGUUUUAACCAUAGAAGCAACUCCUGAAACUGGAACUGGAAUACCUAAUGUUUUUGAUUUAUUUACAGGAAAGCCAAGUGGCAGACCUUUUCCUGGGAGUAUAGAAAGUAUAACAGGUAUAGUGCUUAAGGGUAAUUUUGGUGGUGCAACAAGUGCUAUAGGCUUAGAAAUUACUAAUACUAUUAGUAAUUCAUCAGCUAUAGUAUUAAACUUAAUUAACAAGUUUAUAAUCGAUAGCGAUGUAAACAUAGCAGGGUCAAAAAGUGGCUUUGCAUUAACAGGAUCACGUGCCAUAGUAAAUGCUGAGAUUGUAAAUAAUGGCACUAUUAAAGGUGGCGUUCAUAUUGGUAAUAAUCAUAGGGAAGCAUUUCCUUUAAGAUCAGAAGAUCACAAUGGAAAUAUAGCUAAAUUUACCAACCUAGGCACAGUUGAUGGCGGGUUUGUUAUUAAGGGUACUAAAGCUCAAGCUCUUGUUGCAAAGUAUCAUCAAUAUGAA